AUGACAAUAGUGGCAAUUUUUGUUGUGAUUAUGGACGUAUUGAAAUAUUGUUUUGGUAUUGAUCCAACUCGAAAAGAACUGAAACGAAUUCAACGAGAAAAACAAGCGAAAAAACGUAAACCUGUUAUUCAAAGAUUUGUUUAUGUCAAUGCACCACCGUCAGCAGUACCAUUAUCUGAACAACCAAUUUCGGCUAUUGAUGAGACAGUUGUUUAG